CCGUGUGCCGUGCUGUGUUGUGCAAGUCCCUGUGUGUGCCUACACUAUACUUUGGGAGGCUCAUCGCAUUCUCCGGGUUGUGGCAAAUUUGGAAGCCCAGUUCUUUUCAGUCGGAGCGCUGACGUCACAUAGGGUAUAUCCGCAGUCGGAGUUUUUCCUACGUGGUGUGGUACUGUACUGUGUGUGUCCCUCUGAGGAAGAUAGGUGUGUAACAAAUUGGUGCUGCUGCUAAUAGCCACAUUCUGCGGAUUCAAGAAAGUCCGCUUCUAGUUGAGGUGUGUGUUUCUUUUUUGUCUGCUAGGCAGAAACCUGCCUGAUCCAGGAAGUUCCCGAAUAUCUCGGAGUGAGGUGAUUGGCUUGUGGUGAUAGGCACAGGAGCUGCUGGAGGAUUUUUCCCGGAGAAAACUCAAGUGUCAAGUUUGUCAAUAGCAAUUUUCUGCGGAACGGUGAACGGUGCGAAAAUUUUCAGUGUGCCCCCGUCGAAGACGAAAUCGAGAGUAUGAGUGUGUGAAGAUGGAAAAUUGAUUUUGAUAACUCAUCUGCUGCUGUGAACUGGAUUGUGCCAGCCGAGGGGAGACCCAGCUGUUGUUUCCGACUCUCGACAAACUUGAAGGUAGUGGAGCAGUAGAAGAAAGGGAUCCGAACGAACUUGGAUAGUGUGUGAUAGUGUGUGCAAGCGGAGAAGCGACGAAGCAACCGGAGCAGCUGGAGAAGUUUUCAAGAGAAUGAAAGCAAUGCAAUUUUGAUUCGGAACAGGUGUCGUCGGUUGAGCACGGAUGAAAGAAAAGUGAUGUUGAUUUGAAAACUUUUUGCUCGGGAAAAUUGGUGUUUUGAAUGUUUUGAUUAGUUAAGCACCUGCAAUCUCUACGUAACGGAAGUGACGUCGAUUGACUCCGAUUAACAACUGAAAUUAAAGCGCACAACUGAAAACUCAUCACAAUUUUAUAUCGUGAUGCAGUCGUAAAAAUUCGUCCUGCUCGAUUGAAACUACAUAAGUUUAAAGUAUAGCGCGUGAACGUGAUUCAAUUGUUGUGAACUGAAAGCUCAUUUUAUUCGGUAGUGUAAAGCAAAAGUUUCAUCGACCAACCUAGUAGAACAGAGUUAGUUCAGUGAGUGCUCGGAGGGUCAAGCUAACACAAUAGGAGACAUGGCUGAGGAUUGCGAUAAAACUGCUGUCGCCAGCAAAGGUGGCGAUGUGGAAAAGGCCGCAAGCAAACUUGCUAGUCCUGCGCUGCAGCAAAAGUCGGCCGGAGCGGCAGCUUCGCCAAAUAAGGCAGCCACCGGUGGAACAGGAGAACCCACCGAUGAGCAGCCUUUCGUAUCCAAAGAUGGAAAAGUGGGCGCCAAUCUGUAUUUAUACUCGGAGGAAAUCCAAGAACGUCCUCAAAUCACCACGCUCAUUUCGUCCCUGGCGAAUUACUCGAAUACGAUUCCCGCUGCGACGGAUCCAGAUGCGAAACCGGCCCAAGAAUCGGCCCGAAUGGGCACACUUAUCGGUGUCUUUCUGCCGUGUAUACAGAACAUUUUCGGUGUAAUUUUAUUCAUCCGUUUAACAUGGGUAGUCGGUACGGCCGGAGCAAUAUUUGGGUUUUUAAUUGUAUUAUGUUGUUGUUGCGUGACUAUGUUAACUGCCAUUUCGAUGUCUGCGAUUGCCACGAACGGGGUGGUACCUGCGGGCGGGAGCUAUUUCAUGAUUUCGAGAUCGCUCGGGCCCGAAUUCGGUGGCGCUGUCGGGAUGUUGUUCUACACGGGAACAACACUAGCGGCCGCCAUGUACAUAGUCGGUGCGGUUGAAAUCGUGCUGACAUACAUGGCCCCAUGGUUGUCGAUAUUUGGAGAUUUCACAAAAGACGCAUCAGCGAUGUACAACAACUUUCGCGUCUAUGGCACGGGUCUGCUCUGCGUGAUGGGUCUGAUCGUGUACUUGGGCGUGAAAUUCGUGAACAAAUUCGCAACCGUUGCGCUGGCCUGUGUCAUCUUCUCCAUCAUUGCGGUCUACGCCGGUAUCUUCACCAACAUCGAUGGCAACGAUAAACUAUUCAUGUGCGUUCUCGGAAAGCGUCUUCUGAAGGAUAUUGCCGUUGACAAUUGCACCAAGGAAGUGGGCGGCCCGUUGUAUACAACUUUCUGUCCCGAGGGCGACUGUGAUCCAUACUUCCAAGAACAUAACGUAUCGCUGGUGCGGGGCAUCAAAGGUCUCAAGAGUGGCGUAUUUUUCGACAACAUUUUCCCAUCGUUUUUACAGGAAGGACAGUUCAUCGCGUACGGAACGGAUCCGGAACACAUUGAACCACUGGACAGGCCAAGCUACAACCAAGUCUAUGCUGAUUGCACCACCGCGUUCACGAUAUUGAUCGGUAUCUUCUUCCCAUCGGUAACAGGUAUCAUGGCCGGUUCCAAUCGUUCCGGUGAUUUGGCCGACGCACAAAAGAGUAUUCCCAUCGGUACGAUCUGUGCCAUCCUGACCACUUCGACCGUCUAUCUGUCCUGUGUGAUGCUGUUCGCCGGAACGGUCGACAAUUUGCUGCUGCGUGAUAAAUUCGGGCAAUCGAUAGGAGGCAAGCUGGUGGUAGCAAACAUGGCCUGGCCGAACCAGUGGGUCAUUCUGAUUGGAUCGUUCCUGUCCACCCUCGGUGCUGGGCUGCAAAGUUUAACCGGUGCCCCUCGAUUGCUGCAGGCUAUCGCCCGGGACGGUAUCAUUCCGUUCCUAGAACCAUUUGCCGUAUCAUCGAGCCGCGGUGAACCGACCCGUGCCCUCAUCUUGACCAUGUUUAUCUGCCUGAGUGGCAUCCUGCUCGGCAAUGUCGAUCUGUUGGCUCCGCUGCUGUCCAUGUUCUUCCUGAUGUGCUACGGCUUUGUGAAUCUGGCCUGUGCCGUCCAGACGCUGCUACGAACGCCCAACUGGCGGCCGCGCUUCAAGUUCUACCAUUGGUCACUAUCAUUGAUCGGUCUAACGCUGUGCAUGUCGAUUAUGUUCAUGACAUCGUGGUACUUUGCUCUGAUUGCAAUGGGAAUGGCGGUACUGAUUUACAAGUACAUUGAAUACCGAGGAGCGGAGAAGGAAUGGGGUGAUGGCAUCCGUGGUAUUGCACUAUCGGCCGCCCGCUAUUCGCUGCUCCGGCUAGAGGAAGGCCCACCGCACACCAAGAACUGGCGACCGCAGAUCCUCAUGCUGGCCAAGAUGAACGACGAUUUCACGCCCAAGUAUCGCAAGCUGUUCUCGUUGGUGUCGCAGCUCAAAGCCGGCAAAGGUCUGGUGGUGGUCGUUUCGCUAAUGCAGGGUGAUUUCACGAAACGAGCCGGCGAGGCCGCAGCUGCCAAGCAGAGCCUCCGGAAGCUGAUGGAAGAUGAAAAGGUUAAAGGAUUCUGCGAUGUGAUGGUGGCGUCCAACGUGGCCGAUGGCCUAUCGCAUGUCGUCCAAACGAUUGGCCUCGGUGGCAUGAAACCGAACACCGUGAUCCUUGGCUGGCCGUACGGUUGGCGCCAGAGUGAAGACGAUCGCACAUGGCAUGUGUUCCUGCAAACUGUCCGAAACGUUAGUUCUGCUCGGAUGGCUCUGAUGGUGCCGAAGGGAAUCAACUUCUUCCCAACGUCGCAGGAUAAGAUCUCCGGCAACAUCGACAUCUGGUGGAUCGUGCACGACGGUGGCCUGCUGAUGUUGCUGCCGUUCCUGCUCAAGCAGCACCGCUCCUGGAAGAACUGCAAGAUGCGCAUCUUCACCGUCGCCCAGAUGGAGGACAACUCGAUCCAGAUCAAGAAGGACUUGAAGAUGUUCCUGUACCAUUUGCGAAUCGAAGCUGAGGUCGAAGUCGUUGAAAUGAUGGAUAGCGAUAUCUCGGCGUACACCUACGAGCGAACCCUGAUGAUGGAACAGCGCAACCAGAUGCUCCGAAAGUUGCAACUCAACAAACGCGAAAAGGAAAAUGUCGUGGAUAAUAUGGUGGACUUCAAUCCUGCCACCGCCAACGGAGAGGAUCGAACACCGCUGGUACAAGCAAUCGUGGAUCACCAUCACCACAUGGAGAACAACACUCGAACGGCAUCGAAGGUUCGGUUCGCCGAUCCAUCCGAGAACAAGGACAUCUUCAAUGACGACGACCGUGAGGAAAAGCAUGAGACUGAAUCAGAGAAGGAGAAGGACACCAAAGAAAGCGAGAACGACAAGGAAGUGAACAAUGGAAAUUCCGAAAAGAAGGAACAGCAACCAUCCCCGCAGCCAGUGGCCAACAAUGUGGCCUCGCCCGGCAAGGACAGCAAGAAGAGCGCCGGGGACGAAACGCCCAAAUCGCCUAGUAAAGCUAAUUAUAAGCCUGAUGAAGGCAACGUGAGACGAAUGCACACGGCUGUGAAACUCAACGAGGUUAUAGUCAACAAAUCGCACGACGCUCAACUGGUCAUACUGAACCUGCCCGGCCCACCGAAGGAAACGCAUAUGGAGCGGGAAAGCAACUACAUGGAAUUCCUGGAGGUCCUUACCGAGGGUCUGGAACGAGUGCUGAUGGUGCGAGGAGGCGGCCGGGAAGUCAUCACCAUCUACUCAUAAGAAGAACGCUGCAACGUACCGCCAUCCCUCCUUUCUCCUCUCGCUGCUGCCGGGACCCGGCCGGUGGAGGAUAAAAAUUCACCCGUGGCCCCUAGGUCCACGGGCCUUAAAUACGCUUCAAACAUCGUCGCCGCCGUCGUCGUCGUCGUCGUCGUCAUACACAUACACCUACACGUUUACACUUGCAUACAAUACACACAAUGCGAAUACACGAACAAAAACAUACAGUCACUUAAACUCUUGAACACUCUCACUCACACGAGAACGCGUAGCUACACAUACAAUAACAUUUUUUCUAUACACACGAAAACAAACCAAGAACAAAAAAGCAAAAGUUAAGAAACCAAAAGAAAAACCAAAACAGUUAGAAAUUAUAGUCAAACUGUGAAUUCUAUUAGUUUAAGGGUAUAUUGUCGGAAAAAAGAAGAAACAAAGGUAAACAUUAAAAAUGAAAGUGGUAAAAGAAACUUUCACAGAUGUACGUACGUAUCGCGAUAGAAUGUAGAAAAAUCAAAUCCAUAGGAUACAGAUUGAACCAGAAGAAAGCAGUUAGAAAGUGACAACCUUCAUUCAGAACGUUAGUGCGAAUCAAAUUGCCCUGCAAAUCUAAUUGUAUGGGGGGAGGAAAAUGUAAAAAACUUUAUUCUUACAAAGCGAAUGAGUAUAGUGAGCGAGAGGAAAAGAAGACAUAAUGUGUUCUGCUUUUUUAUUUAACUAAUUUAGUCCAAUUGUGAGAAGAAAGAGUAGUACCUUUUUAAAUGUGCAACAUCUCCCCCACGAUCACACACACACACACACAAACCAAAACUCUGAAAGAGUUGCUUUUUUAUAUUGACAAACAUAAUUAGACUCCGUGCAACAAAUCUAAAUUCUUACGGAAAGAAAAGUUGACUCAACAAGAGCAGAAUAUCAACAACAACAACAACAACAACAGCUUCAACUACUACAAAAACAUACCAUCACAAAAAAAAAUAAUAGAAGAAGAAACCGAAACAGCUAAAGGCAGUAACACGGCGCAAUGAUAAAAUAGAAAAUCGACAAACGAAUCGACAUUUUCAUAAUUUUAACUUUUGCCCACCUCGUAUCAACAACAGCCUACCACCAGAAUACGAUUUCCUAUUUAAAAUACAAGGACAUUAAAAAAAAAGUCGGUAGGCAAGAGCCUAAAACGACGCAAAACGCGAUGAUAAGUAUUAAUUUACACAAACCCAUUUGUUAAGAACAAGUAUAGUCGAUGUUUGUGAAUGUAAAUUCAUGUGUAUGAUCAUUUGUUUUCACAACGCGCGUCGGACAACAGAACACACGCGGAGAUCGGUAAAACCGUAAAGAUUUCCGGAGUAGUUUUAGACGUGCGUUUUUUUUUUGUUUAUCAUUGUCGUGUGAUUAUUAUUAUAUUUUUGUUAUAGUUUUCAAAUCGUUUCGUUUUUUUUUAUUGCAUGUGGAUUAACUCAAAAGGCGAACAGUGUAAAAGAUGAACAAAUUCGAUUGUGUAGAAUCAAGUGUAGUUAUGUUUUACGUUACAAUU